AGACUCCGACCUCAGCGGGAGCACGUGAACGCAUCGCUGCUCAAAGUUUCCGGUUGGAUUUUCUUUAGUUAUAACGUCUUCGCGCAGCUAGUUUUUUGUUUGUUUGUUUGUUUGUUUGUUUUACGGUAUUACCGACAGGAGCCGGACUCACGGACACUGUCCAGCUAUCCCGGUGAACAAUGCUUAAACCAAACCAAGGCGGUUUUCCCACUGUGGAUUAUUUUCUCUCGGAACUAGCUAACGUUUACCUCGGCGACGCCUCCUUGACGCCCCCCUCUGCUCCAAAGUGCGACAGACGCUAGGCUUGCCGGUUCAAGUGAAAGUUCACCGGGUUAGAGGCCGUUUUACCCGAAUCGAAAUGAACCGAAAAGGUGAAACGACCGCGGAAACCCCCGAGGGAGACGGGCCGGGGAGGAUGAAAAUCGUCCACAUCGUUUACCUCAUCGCUGCUUUGGAUGUAACAUGGUUAUUUUUACAGUCUUCCGUAACCCCCUAUUUGGCAAAGAAACUCGGCUUCGACACUUUGUUGUUUGGUUAUUUGCAAACCAUGGUGGGCAUCAUUCAGCUGCUUGGGGGUCCUAUGUUUGGAAGGUUUGCAGACCUCUUUGGGGCACGAGCAGCCUUGUCUCUGGCCUGUGCUGCAUCUGUUGUUUACUUUCUGCUGCUGGCCAUAGCAGACAAUCCUGCCAUGCUGUUCAUCCACAAAGUCCCCACAGUCUUCAUGCAUGUCAUACCUGUCUCUCAGAUGGUUGUGGCAGACCUUUCAGAACCUGAAAAACGGGCAGAUGCUUUAUCCAAACUAGGUCUGUGCUUUGGCAUCGGUAUGAUAGCUGGCUCCACGCUGGGCGGACAUCUUAUCACACGCUAUGGGGAGACAUUUACUGCAUGUGUUGGUGCUGUGGGGACUGCCUUCACUUUACUGUUGGUUUUAAAGUUUAUCCCAAAAACUACUAAAGCUCAAGCUCCAAGAACCAACACAGAAAGCGAGAAAAAAACCACGUCAGUAUUCAAUGUGGGAGAGAUCACAAGACUGAUGAAGUUUCCAGGCGUGACUCCGACUCUCGUUGUGAAGAUAAUUGCAGGCUUGCCAUCAGGCAUUUUUCAGGUGAUGUUUUCGAUCCUUGCGUUGGACUUCUUCAAGCUGCAACCUGAGCAGAAUGGCUAUCUGAUGGCCUAUUUUGGCAUAGUCCAAAUGUUGGUUCAGGGAGGAGUGAUCGGUCGAUUCACAGUGAGAUACUCUGAGAGCUCGCUGCUGCUUCUGUCCAUCGGAGUUUCCUCUUUGGUGGGACUGGCUCAGGCAUACAUGCUGAAUGUGUUCCACCUCAGCCUCAUCAUCAUCCCGAUGAUAUUUUCUCUCUGCCUGUUUGGUGUCAUCACAGACAGCAUGCUCACAAAGAGCGUGCCCUCCUCUGACACGGGGACAAUGCUGGGGCUGUGUGCAUCUGUUCAGUCUCUGCUUCGCACGGUCGGCCCCACUGUUGGCGGCUUCCUGUACGUGAACUAUGGCAUUUCCUCAAUAGGCCUGAUGCAAUUUUUUGUGAACAUUGCUGUGUUUGUUUAUCUGCUGCAGCGUCGGCUCAAGCAGGAAUGAAAACCUAACAGAGGAGAUGGAAAUCAAUAUUUGAUUGCAGGAACGAUGGUUUCUACACACUCUCUACAGUCAAAGCACUCUGCCGCAGUCAUUUACAUGACGUGAUAAGGUCAACAGUUCUGCAGGAUUUACGGUUUUUACUUUGUUGUUCAGUCUGUGGUUGAGGCACAGGACCUAAACCACUAGAUGGCAGCAAAGCCACCAUUUUACCUGAUGAUAGUUUUAUUUUCCAGGGUUCAUCAUUCACACUCACAUUAGAGAUAUGGUUUUAAAUCAGUUUACUUAAAUGGACAUUUUGUUAUAUAUCAUAAAAAAUGUUAACUAAAGGAUCUAUCAAUCGUUUCUAAUUGAACAUAGUUAUAUCAGAAUAACUUUGAAUUUGUAAUUGAAGUUUAUUUUCUUAAGUGUCAUUUUUUUUUAAUUAAACCUUUAGAAAUGA